AUGUCUCCAACAACAGCCCCCGUCUCAAAUACUAGUUCUCGGAGGACCACUGCUUCGUCCCAAAAGAAUGCCGACAAAGCACAGGAUGGGCCGCUAACAGAAGCGAAGUCUGCUUCGGCCGAAGUGACGCCCAAGCGGCCGAAGCGCACACUCAAACUUACAGCCUCUCAGCGAGAAAGGAAGAGAGCUAUUGAUCGUGAAGCUCAACGAAGUAUACGACUGAAGACCAAGAACUACAUUGCUCAUCUGGAGAGCUUGGUGAGGAUCAUGGAGAACGGAAGCUCUUCGACAAAUAGUGGUGAAGGCGUGCAGCAGUCCCACGACCAUUCGGUAGCCGAGCACGAGGGUGAAAGGGCACGUGCGCUUUUGUCACAACUGCGGCAGAGCGAGGAAGAGGUCCGCACAUUGAAGGAAAUGCUAGCCGGAGUUCAAAAGCUCGUCGGCACCGUUUUGCACCCAGCGGAUGAGCAUGGCUGGCUUGCGAUGCCUAGCACCGGCAACGGCGAACAGGCUGCGCCCACUGCGAACUCUCUCGCAUGCGGGCCCCACGACCAGUUUGAAAACUGCGCGUCAGUUUACUCCCACAGCUCGGAUUCGUCGUCUCCCCUGGUCGAGUUUGGAUACCCAGUACCAUUCGACCAACCAAAACGUGCCGAGGCAUUUGCGUCAGAGUAUCCCCCGAGAUCCCACGGUAUCCAACCCUACACCCUGCAACAACACGAUGUCUACAAUAGCUCCGGAAGGUUCUCCGCUCCUGUAAUAAGACCAGAUUCCCCGACGUCGGAUCGAAGCGAUGCUCCCAAGGACCGGGAAGAGGGCGAGUUGUUCUUGUUGUCUGACCGUGAGGUCAACCGGGCAUUAGCAGGUGGUCACCAAUCUUUCGCCAAUCAGCUGCUCGACGAAGACAUCAUCGUCCGGGCAGUCCUCCAUGGUUGGCGUGACGUGCAAGAUCAGUAUCUGCUCGACAAGGGGUGGCGGGCGUUAAGAAGCAUUGACCAGAACAUCUUCCGUGAAUGUGGCGUUGUGGAACGGAUGGCGAUCCUCUACAUGAUGAGAUUGAAGCUUCUCCACCAGAGCAACACUAAUCUACAAUAUCUGGCGCCCCUGCCGCCGUUCUUCCAACGAGGUCCCUCCGAGGACCCAGAAGUGCUGAGGAAGACGCCUAUCAUUGAGCAUUUUAUUUGGCCUGCCUUGCGCGCCAACCUGUGUAGGAACACGAAGAAAUACAUCAACAACAAGUUCUCAGAUUCAUUUCGGCACUCAUUCAAAUUCGUCUGGCCGUACGACAUAUCCCACACGUACAACAAGGAUCAAUCUAGCCAGCUUUACUCGAUCACAUCGGGGUUCAAGCAGCGGCAGUGGGAUUUGCGGUCAUGGACAAUGAGGCGGGAGUUCUUUACCCAUUCAAGCGAGUUGAUCGGGUCGAUUCCCGUGUACGAAGCGCCUAUGGAUCGAAUUCUGCUACCGGCAGGGUUGAUGGCAAGCCAAAGGGCACAGGCGCCACGACCCGUCACCAAAACGGAACAGCCAGAGGCAGAACAGCCACCGAUAAGCCUGGGGCAUGCCAACAGCCAAACUCCUGCUCCUGCUCCGGCUCCUGCUCUGGCUCACAUUCAUGGGCGAGUGCCUACUACCGCUCCUGAAGUACCUGCGGCAUAUGUCCCGUACUCUGCAGGGGUCGAAGCUUGGCUCGGAGAUCCUGAUAUGGUGCCGCAGUACUGGAACAUGUCGACCGGUAUGGCGGUGGGCUAUCAGGAGGCUGCCCAGCAGUGGCCAAGUGUCCAAAGAGGGUUUGUAGGAUGA